UUUCGAGAAUAGAGUGACCUGCUGCAACCAUGUUUAAUAUUGACAUUUUCACGGCGUAUGGCAACGAGUCGGAGUCAAGUGCGUUAGUGGCUCUGCCUCUGGUGGUACCAGGCACAAGAAUCAAAGUAAAUUCCGAUGAAAGCGAAAUUAUGAGGGCAUUAGCUUUCCGCGGAAAGGAAAAUCAACAUGGAAGGGAGAAGGAACCGGAAAAAGUGGCUGCCCAAUGAAUACUCCCCAUUUCCAGUGCCAAAAUUCCAGGAGGCUAGGACGUUGUGUAAAAUGUUUGGGGAUGAAGUUCCCCCGAAAUAUGAGGAGUAUCUCCUACUGUUGCAAGAGAGGAACAGAUUAGUGAAUAAGCUGAGUAAGGACAAGCAUCAGAUAGACGUUGAACGCAGAGAGCAGGGCUUCUCCAUCUACGUGAACGGGGCUAAUGACAAGAAGACGCUUCCUCCAAUACAGAACAAAUCAAAGGCUAUGAAACCCAGAACAGCAGGAGAUGUGCCGCGUCAUUUACGUGUGGCGUACAAGGAACUGGAAGUGCUAGAGUCCCAAUUGAAGCCAAAACCCCACACAGCCCCUGGCAAUGUUCAGCGCAAGAUCUGGUCUCCGAAGGCUAUGACCAUAAGGACAUCAAAGGGAAAGAAAAAGAAAGUUAAAGUGCCACGCACAAAAGCAUGGAACCCAACCACGAGGAUGCCGCCGGAGCAGAUGACGCAGGAACAGACGUCCCUGGUGACUGACGAGGAGGACUCACCUGAGGAUGGGGAGAGCAGCGACGUCGUUCGUGACAGUGCCCAUGAUGUCAUGCAGCCGGCAACCUGUGGUCAUUUGCUAACAGAAUUUACGGGCCCUGAAGUCACUAACCCGCAUGAACAUACGCACACUUCACCGCCCUCGACGUCGUCACCAGGCGGUGACAAGUUAGAUGAGGGGUUUUCAUCUGCGGAUGUUGAAGAGUCAGUCUCGUCAGUAGAUGAAGAAGACAAGUUGAUGUUGAGCUUUGAAGAUUGUAAGGUGCUCAGAGAAAGUUUGGAAGGAAAUGCAGAAAUAAAGAAAAGUCUGCUGAGGACUUUGAGCGAGAGCAGUUGUGACUCCAAGUCUUCUGAGAAUAGUGCAGAGGCGAGGGGAGUCAAGGAAAAGAGUGAAGAAGUAGAAGUAGAUGAGGAAGGGGAGGAUAGCAUUCCUGAGGUGAUUCAGUAUGAUAGCCAUGCUCAAUCCGAGCAGCAAGGUCUGAUUGUGCUGGAGUUCAACAAGCCGCAGAACCAGAUGCAGCAGGUUGUGUCUGUACAGAGCGAAUCCAUAGACGACGAUCUCUCUCACCUGGUCAAUGAUAUAUACCUGGCUAACGAAUUACCAAAGAAAGCUCUGCUAGAAAAUACCGGUAGAAAGUCUCGUCCACUGAUUGCCACCGUGAAGAAGAAGGAAGGUGAAGGGGGCAUCUCUGUUGAUCCGUCCGAUGUAGCAAUAGCUCUCAGGAUUGAGAAUGAAGCCGCAGAAAACUACCGUGGUGGCAUGACAUCCAAGUCGGUGGAAGUUACAUCGAUGACUGCACCUGGGCAGCGUGGACAGAUGGAGGCACGUGCAACCUCCACAUCUCCAUCCCUAACAGGAAGCAGUCUCGAUGACUACACCCUCCAAUCUGUCAUGAAGAGAGUGCUCAUGAUGGACAGCAGGCAUCAGAAACGUCUCGUUAGAGCACUCGGUGAGAUAGAGAAGAUGUCGUUGUCAUCUGCAUCUCCUCCUCCCUUUCCCUCGUCCUUGACAGUAGAUCACUACACCACAACAAAGUCAUUUCACCCUAACCUCUACCCAAGACCUUCUAUAGAGGGUAGGAUGCCUGGUUGUAGUACAGCCAAGUGCAAAAGUCCUGUGAAGAGCCCACUUGCAAAGGAGAAGCAACUCUCUCACAUGAGCAUUACCGGAAUAAAGGCGGACAUGCAUGAUGCUGUAAAACCACCUUCAAGUGCCGGGAAGUCUAAGAUAAUGUUCUCUGAUGAGCGGAGCAAAGGGACCUUAGCUUAUUCCUGGAGGAAAUUGCGUGGUUUGGAUGAUGAGGUUGGAGUUGAACUGCACCUUGAGGUGUGCAGUAACUGGGGGCAUCCUGAUCGGAUCGGCUUGACUGAGAUGCAGUUAUUUGACCAAGAUGGGCGUCAUAUAGAAGUGAAACCACCUGACGUUGUUGUCUCGGGUGCCACCGACGUGAAAGGGGAUAUAACGAACAUCUUUAAUAGCAAAUUCAAGACGAUAAAGGAACGCAACAUGUGGACGUGUGCGUAUCAUCCCAGCAGACCCGUUGAGUUUGCCAUCUUCCUACGACCUCAUCCACAUCAACUUGAAUUCAGAAUUUCAGAAAUUAAAUUGUGGAAUUACAAUAAAAACCUGAAGGACUUGAGCAUCGGAGUGAAGAACAUUAGGCUAUUCCAGGGUGGAAGGCUGGUCUACGAUGGAGAGGUAGAAAAGGGUUGUGGCAACCAGGUAUUUGACUACAGCACAAGCAUCGUCAUACAGAGCCUCAGCGAAGAGUGUGAGCACGACAUGCAGGUAUUAGAAAACACGGAAGGCAGUCACACGACACGGAUCAACCAAGGUGACAUGUCGUCAUUGCAGCGGUGCAUUCUAGAUGGUGACUAUGAGAGUAAUGAUGGCACCGGGAACACCCUGGAGAGCUGUUCCAGCGUUGUGCACCCAGUCAAGGCUUCGGGUGCAGUACAACCGACAACUUUGUGUUUGCAUGGCGAUGACACUGGCAGGAAAUCGGUAGCUGGGCAUCGUGAGUCCAGCGUCGCCACUGCACAGCAACCUGUGAGCGCUACGAGUAACGCGCAGCCACUGUGCAUGGGACAGCGGUCAGAGUCAUUCUACUAUACUAGGUCUAGUCCAAUCGUAGACACUCGGCGAAGUUUCAUCGUCACUAAAGCGGAUGCUAACCUACCAAGACCAGUCAUUCAUAGUAGCAACGGAGAGACAAAAAUGGCAUUUCCUCUGGCUGCGCAGCCUGGAAUUUCUAAACGGCCACUGGUACGCAGUUCCAAUCUAGAUAGCCAGGACAGCAUGAAACUGCCUCUGAUCGACAACCAUACCCCUGCCGUGAUGCGGCCACCGUCCACCGGCCUCGACACCGUACCUGUAAAGUUGGAGCAAGAACGGUCGGACAAAGGAAAGCCAAUGUGGUUGAGGUCCUAUGCUGCAUGCAAUCUUGAUGAGCUAGACCAGCCCUUCGAGAGUCCUCUGGAAUCGCGUCCAUCUACUAUAGAUCCAGACAUGGAGAAAGUGUACACUUGGCCUCAGAGCGACCUGCCCACCAUGUUGAACAUGGACUCUACCGCAGACAGACUGGCAUCGUAUGGCCGUAGGUCUCGUAACAGUGGCACAGAGCCCGCAGGCAGCUUGGAAGACGAGAAACGUCUGGUCGAUGUUUCGGAGACAGCAGCAGAUAAGAGCGAGCGUAGACAAUCAAGUGAGCCAAAAACACGCACACUAUGGCGGCAUCACAAUGACAAGAUGCUGGAGGAGUCAUGGAGUUCUCUAGACGAGUUCAACCACUCGCAGCAGGGUCGAAUUUCUACUAGCAUCGAAGAUGACGUUAUGGACCUCUACCUUGCAGAUAAGAAGAAGCCAGUUGUUGAAGACCUAGCACAAGAGUCAGAGUUCAUUAUACCUGAGCUACCUGAGGGGCAGCAGUUUACAAUAGACAUUCACACUACCUGGGGCGAUCGCCACUACGUUGGUCUCAAUGGUAUCGAAAUCUUUAGCAGCACUGGCGAGCCUGUUAAGAUUGUGCAGAUCACUGCUGACCCAACAGACAUUAAUGUUCUGCCAGAGUACAGCAAGGAUCCUCGUGUUGCUGCCAACUUGAUAGAUGGUGUGUAUCGCACGCGUGACGACAUGCACCUCUGGCUUGCUCCAUUCAAGAAAGGGCAACACCACUUUAUUAACAUGGUGUUUGAGAAGCGAGUGAAAAUAGCCAUGAUUAGAGUUUGGAAUUACAACAAAUCAAGGAUUCAUUCAUACCGUGGUGCCAGAUACAUGGAGAUGACACUUAAUAAUGACUUCAUAUUCAAAGGCGAGAUUGAGCGUGCAUGGGGGGGCAUGGCAGAUGGCACUGAGGCUUUUGGUGAUACGAUCCUAUUCACAACAGAUGAGCACAUAUUGGAAGCUAUCGCCAACAAUGACGACAUGUACGAGCAGGACCAGUUCUAUGGUAAACCCCAGGAGGACAACGCGUGUGACGAGCGGCCGAAAACAGCUGACAGUGGGUCCGGGGAGGAGGAGGAGGAACGUCCCUUCACGUCCAUUGGACAUGCUUCCAGUGGUAUUCAGCAGAACAAGCGUGGUGAUCCGAGCAGCUCACAGGCGUUGCCACUCUCCAAAGCAAACAAUUUUCCCAUGUGUAAGGGCCAGUGUCUAGAGCUUAACUUCACGGCCACGUGGGGUGAUUGCCACUAUAUGGGCCUGUCAGGACUGGAGGUGCUGGGCAGUGAUGGUGAGGUGUUGCCAGUGGGUGCUGACAUGAUGGACGCUCACCCACGAGAUUUGAACACCCUCGCUGGCAUCGAGGAUGACGUCAGAACACUCGACAAGCUUGUGGAUGGGACCAACAUCACGAUGAAUGAUAAACAUAUGUGGCUGAUUCCGUUCACUGAAACACAGGAUCAUCGCAUAGCCAUUGCAUUUGCCAAUGCCAUCACCCUGACCGGACUGCGUUUAUGGAACUAUAACAAAUCUUCUGAAGACACGUACAGAGGGGCUAAGAUCAUGCAUGCUACUAUUGAUGGGAACGCUGUGUCUCCACCCGAGGGUUUCCUAAUCCGAAAAGGACCGGGAAACUGCUUUUUCGACUUUGCUCAAGACAUUAGUUUUUUCAAAAAUCUGCCACCGGUGACUCCCCCUGCUGAGCCUGUCACAGAGGAGCAACCGUAUGCCGGGCGUCCAUCAGAACUAAUGAUGGAACAGCAGGUGAUGAGAGCGAACAGCACAGCACAAACAGUGUCUAUCGACUAUGAGCCGAUCGCAAUGCCCUGUGGGUUUGUGUUCCAGUUUCAACUGCUCUCGACUUGGGGUGACCCGUAUUAUGUCGGACUGAAUGGCAUCGAAUUCUAUGAUUUGACUGGCCAGAAAAUAGUGCUGACGCAAAACAAUAUCACUGCCUAUCCUAACAGUGUUAAUGUGUUGGACAAUGUGUGCAACGACGUCCGUACACCAGACAAGCUCAUAGAUGGCAUUAACGACACACGGGAUGGAUGUCACAUGUGGCUUUCACCAAUACCUCCAAAUAAUAUAAACCGGGUGUAUGUGAUUUUUGAUCAUCCUGUCACCACAUCAAUGAUCAAGUUGUGGAAUUACGCAAAGACCCCACAGAGAGGCGUGAAAGAGUUUGCAUUGCUUGUGGACGAUCUCCUCGUUUAUAAUGGGCUGCUAGCGCAGGUUCCCACCAGCAGCAUUGGGGGCAUCCUCCCCAGCUGUCUCCCUGCGAUACCCUACCACACGAUCCUCUUCACAGACGACAAGGAGAUCUCUCACAGAGAGAUGCAUACUGUUAUCAGUCAUCGUCAGCACAACCAGGAUGUGCAGCUGACUAAUGAUAGUAGGAUCAUGGAGCAGUUCCAGGACCCAAAGGGCUCUUCCACAUCUAAGCCUGUCAAUUUCGAUUUGCGUCCAGGCACCAGUGUGACAGAGUAUGAUGCGACCAUCAGGAGAGACGAGGUGAAAACACCACACUGGCUCCUCUGGUAGACCUGCUAAAAGAUGUUGCAACUCCAGUGGUGAAUUUUCAGUUGUCUGAGGUUGAGAUGUAUACUACUAGGCAUAUCAGAGUCUUAGCAUCGAAGUCUUUUACUACCAAUAUUUGGAAAUAGCUUGUGGUCAAUGUUUGUUGCCCGUUUGACAUUUUUUCAUGAAAAUAUCACUAUAAAAUUAGUACUGAUUUUUCGAGUUAACAUUUCUCAUAGAUAUGCUUAUUUGGCAAUGGUAAUAACUGUUAUAACAUUUUGAAAUUGUCAUUUGGGUAUAUCUAGAAUGACCAGUUUGAUCUCACUCAAAUAUUACAAGGCACAAUUAACUCACUAUAGUGUCCUUAAAUAAUAACUACUCUUUGAUCUUACUUUUGUUAGUCACGUGCGUGAACUUUUUUAUGAUAACAUUGGCAGUAUGAGAAAGCGUUCGUUGAUAUUCCAUCAACUUAGAUUUAUCUUAGGGUUACACUAUGUAUUUUCAACAGCUUUCAGACUGAACCAAUUUUAGUUCAUUGGAGUUUAUCCUACAGUCGACAUGCAGUUAGCAUAUCGUACAGUAUUUUUGUCAGAUUACUCCAACUUUCUCUCUAACUGCAUAGGAUUUUAUUAUGUUCGUUUAUUUUUAUUUUUUAUAAUUUAUAUAAGCCAGUCUUCAGACCUGAAUCUCUUAAAAUAAUAUUUGAGUACUAAAAUGUGUGGAAGCCCAAGCUCUACCUGUACAACUUGAGAUGGUUUUGUGCAGAGAUGGGGAUUUUUAUAAAACAUAUCAGUUUCUUUAUUUGUGUUGUGUAGUUCGAACAGAAUUUCUCCUGAAAACUCUUGUGUUCUGUCAAUUCCCACGUAACCUGAUCAACCUUACGUAUGAACAUUAUUUAUAAGAAUGCAAUUAUGUUAGUACACACAGAAUAUCUCAGUGGGAUAUACCAGACAUUUCCAGUGGAAUAUUGAGUCUGUGUACUCUGUAUAAAAAUGUCAAUAUUAUGUGAUGGGCGGGAGCGUGACUUUAAAUCUGAUGUGAUACAUGUCAAAGUGUGACUUGCAUGCCGUCCAACCUUAACUAGGUUCUUGUUAAUUAUAUGACUAUAGUGGUUUGUGUGGAUGGUGUUACCUAAGAGCUAACUGAAAGAGGAACAUGUGAAAUUUAAUAAUUCCAAAAUGGAAAUCUUGAGUUGUUUUUCCCCGAUACACGUAUUAAAUAAUUUCAUCCACUGUAUUAUUGGAAUAUUGGAUCAGCAAACGGUGUGAGCAGUUGAAAUUUUGUUGUAAAUACGUCAGUAUGAAUUGUUGGUUGUGAUCUUGGCGUUUUGUAAAUAAUUUACAUCCAAAAAUAUAUUCAUACUAAAUAUUGCUGUUGGUUUGUUAUAUGCUGCAUCGCUCAUAUAUUGACAAACUGUCGCAGUACGCCUUGUAAAGUUUUACAUUUCAAUUAAAUAAUGAUAAACUUGAUCUAG